AUGAGUGAGGUGACCCUUGAACUGGUUUCUGGAGCAGAAUCAAGCAGAGAGAAUCUGAAAGUCGCUGUUCCUGAAUCCAUCUCUACGGAUCUCGACCGGCGGCGGACAGAACUGAUCCCUGAGGAAAUAAACAGACAACACGUUCAAACGCUGCAGGACUCUCUGCUCCCUGAAAUACAGAAGAACCUUGAGGAUUUCAGGCAGAAGCGCAGUAUGGGCCUCACCGUGGCUGAAGUGGAGCUGUCCCGACUUGACCAAGAGGGAGUCAGAGACCGGGUCACUCUGGAGCGAGAGCGUUCAUACGCAGAGAACAUCAUCACCAAGAUAGAGGAUAUCCUGUUAACUACUCACACAACAGAGGAGGAGAGAUGCACUACAAUGCAGUAUGUCAUCUAUACAUACAUGAAGCUCCUUGGUGUGAGGGUCAAGGAACCUCGCAGUCUGGAGUCCAAACGGGUCAGGAUCAACUUUCUUCCCAAGAUCAAGAAAAGCAUCAAGACAGAGAAGGAGGGAGAAGAGAAGGUGAAGAAACCCAGAUUUCCCAGUAUCCUUGGACCUCAGCGUCGGCCCAGCCGUGUUGAAACAACAUCAGUGGGAAAAGCGUUGGAAUGUCGCCCCCGGCCGCAGAAACAGUUAUCUCAGCCUUCAUUUGGGGCAGCUGAUCACACGGAAGCUGGCCGUCUGCGAGGCAGCCAAUCGAGUGAAGGUUCUGAACUCACAUACUCAAUGUCUGUCAACACCUCGUCCCCAAACAGCGCCACCUACAGCUCAGACACGAGCAGAGACGCUGAUAUGGGCGGGACUCCGACCUCAGGCCCCUCCAGGCUGAGUGACGGCCUUCAGACGGACCCUCUUGAUGGGCUGGCGCACCCUGCCUCGCACUUUGACCUUUACAGCCAUGACCCGCUGCAAGAGGAUGACAGAGAAAGCGACAGGGCCCAUGAGGGAACACCAAAGGCCAUAAGAAGGCUUGAGGGACUGCUUGCAGCUGACGUUCAGAGCGAGGACGACCAGGGAACGGACUCGGAGCACGACCCUCCCAACUGGCAGCAGCUGGUGGGGCGAGAGGUCCUAGCAGGUCUCAGGCCUCAAGAAAUCAAGAGACAGGAAGUCAUCAAUGAGCUGUUCUAUACAGAGCGUGCGCAUGUGAGGAUGCUGAGAGUUUUGGACCAUGUUUUCUACCAGAAGCUCUCCAAAGAGGCCAUCCUGCCUCCUGCAGACAUCAAGAACAUCUUCACUAACCUGGACGAGAUUCUACAGCUGCAUGCUUCAAUACUGGAGCAAAUGACAGCUGUUCGGAAGAGAAAUGAGUCUUCGGUAAUUGAUCAGAUAGGAGACGACUUGCUCUCCUGGUUCGGCGGGGGAGAGGAGGAGAAGAUCAAGAAGGCGGUGGGGACGUUCUGCAGCAACCAGCCUUUUGCUCUGGAAAUCAUCAAAACCAAGCAGAAGAAGGACUCGCGCUUUACUUCCUUCGUCCAGGAGGCAGAGAGUAACAGACAGUGUCGCCGACUGCAGCUUAAAGACAUCAUUCCUGUGGAGAUGCAGCGGCUCACCAAGUACCCCCUGCUGCUAGAAAACAUCGCCAAGUACACAGACAACACAGUGGAGAAGGACAAAGUGAAGCAGGCGGCAGACUGCUGCAGAAAGAUCCUCAAUCACGUCAACCAGGCUGUGAAGGAAUCUGAGGACAAGCAGAGGUUGGAGGACUAUCAGAGAAGAUUGGACCUCUCCUCUCUGAAGCAGACAGACAACCCCAUGAUCCUUGAGCUAAAGAAUUUGGAUUUAACCAAGAGAACCAUGGUGCAUGAGGGACCGCUUUCAUGGAAAGUGAACAAGGACAAAACUAUCGAGUUGUACACGCUCCUCCUGCAGGACAUUCUGGUCCUGCUACAGAAACAAGAUGAGCGGCUGAUCCUGAAGUGUCACAGUAAAAACCUGGCCGGCACGGCAGACACCAAACACAUCUUCAGCCCCAUCAUCAAACUCAACACUGUGCUGGUGCGCUCUGUGGCAACAGACCACAAGUCCUUCUUCGUCCUGUCCAUGUCAGAAAACGGAGCCCAGAUCUAUGAGCUGAUGGCGCCCACAGUCUCAGAUCAGAAAACGUGGCAGCGUCUAAUCACCCAGAGAGCUGAUGCCAUGAAAGUCAAACCUCACAGCGUCAUACCAUUACCUCAGACUGAUGGGGAGAGGGAUGGAGUGGAGAUCAUCACAGCGGGGGUUUCCAGGCUGAGUCGAGAUGCAGACCGCACGUCCACCGGCAGCACCCAGUCCACAGAUAAAGAGAGCAGUCCAGCCCCGAGAAGCGUGACGAGUUCUCUACCAGGUAAUAAUCCAUUUGAGGGAGUAAAGGCAGAGGAAGAAGAGGAGGAGGAAGGUUUUGUGGACCCAGAGCUUCCUUACCGAUUGGCUGCAAAUGUCAAAGAAGGAGACUCGUUUAACAUGUUUCCCUCCAGAGCAGACGAAGCACUGAAAACAUUGGCAGCAUUAAAGCAGGUGUUGGUUACCCAGCUGAUGUCCCAGGAGGCCUUGGAGCAAACCAAACGCUCCACGGGGGCUCGUCUCCUCAGGACCACCUCGCUGCGGACCCCCGUGGACAGCCGAGCGCGGGUGAUGGUCCACAACGGCUCAGAAAAGAACAGCUCCCAGACAGAGGACCCCGCUCAGGACCUGGGCUCUGGAGACACGGGCUUCUUUGAUUCUCCUGAAGAUUAUGCAGGGUAUUUAGUCCUGGAGGGGUACGGCGGCCCAGGGGAGAGCAGCACAGACGAUGACAUCCUGGCAUCAAACACAGGGAAGCAGCUGAGAUCCUCACAGGGCUGCGCCGCCGACUCGGGCAUCAACCUGAGGUUUUCUUCAGCGUCACAGGCCGGCAGCCUCUCCUCUUUCAGCAGACAGGUCUUGUCUCACCUUAGAAACCUUCAGGCCAACCUCAAUUAUCUGAAGGACGUUGAGGCCAAGUACAAUAAUGUAAUACGCCAACGGCCAGAGAGGUCAGCAGCAGACAUGGAUGGAAACAAAGAUAAGAGAUAGUUGAUGUCCGUACCACAGCUUUUGGCUUUGGUCCCAAAGAGGAAGUACCGCUACUUCUUGUGUCCUGGACUUUUCUGGACAUCCUAUAAGCUUGUCCUCUCACUGCUGAGUCCCCCUUUUUUUUUUUUCAUCGCCAACGGAUGCCACAGAGAAUGAGAGACAUAGUGUGAGCAGAAACGCUUGAAGGGUGGAGUCAUCUUUUUGUGAUGCU